CAAGACAAGAGCCAGAGACAAGAGAAGAGAAGAGGGAACAAUGGUGGAACACAAAUAAAACAAGCGAAUAUGUGUUUAUAAAAAUCGCAAAUACUCAAAAAAUGGUUUCAACCAGAGGAAUCAAACUAAAGUUUUUUAUCGGAGAAAGAGUGCUAUGCUAUGAACCAGAUCCGACAAAAGCUAAAGUAUUGUACGACUCUAAGGUGUUAGAUAUUGUUAUUCGUAAAGAACAAGCAGGAAAAAAAGUUGUAGAAUAUUUGAUUCAUUUCCAGGGCUGGAAUUCUUCAUGGGAUAGAUGUGUCAAAGAAGAGUAUGUUUUAAAAGAUACACCUGAGAAUCGACAACUACAGAAAGAUUUAGCAGAAAAGGCGCAAUUGCAGUUAGGGGCUUAUCUUUAUAGAAAAGAAAGGAAGAAACAUAAUCAAAAAAGUGGAGAUAGAACAGCAGGAUCAUCUGAGGAAGGUAGUUCAGGAAGCCCCACACAAAUUGAUACUGAUGAUCACGAAAUGAGUACGAGUUCAGAUGAAAAUUCUUCUAUAGACGAUGAAAGUAUUGAAAUUGAUAUUAUCCCAGAACUUAGGGCGAUCUUAGAAGAAGAUUAUUACUUGAUAAAUGGCAAGAAUAAACGAGUUAAGUUACCAGCAGAACCAAAUGUAGUUUUUAUUUUGGAAUCAUACUAUAAACAUUAUGCAACUAAUCAAAUAUGUGGACUUCAAGAAAAACAAAAUUAUCGCUGCAGAAAUAAUUUUUAUAAAGAUUCUAAGCCUAAAACAGAAGACAUACAAAAAAAUCUAGCUCUUUGUAGAGAAGUGGUAGAUGGUUUGAGAAUAUAUUUUGAUUUUACCUUGAAUGAUCUACUGUUAUAUGGAGCAGAAAAAGAUGCUGGACAGUUUGUCACAGCUACAGCUGUAAUUCAACCACCGGGAUCAUCAGAAGUAAAAUUGGAAGUUAAAAAUGAAUCAAAUAGCAAUAGUACAGAAAACAAUUCAAACAACAUACAAAAUAGUGAUCAGGUAAAUCAAAAUGGUGUAGGCGAUGCUUCUUCAGUUAAUGCUCGAAGAAGAACAUUGAGAUCGAACAAGAACGAACCACAAACAAAUGGGAAUUCAACUGUUGAAGAAACCAAUGGAACAAACUAUUCAAAGCCAUGCUCCAGUGUAGGAAGCAGUAAUUCUGAUAUAAAUGGUCCGCUGGCAAAAGCUCUAUCGUGGCGCUUAUUGCCCGAACAUGUGUACAGUCAGCAACCUCCACCGCCAUGUUUGGCAUAUGGAGCUAUUCAUUUUACAAGGUUAUUUGUUAAGUUACCUGAGCUAUUCACUGCUUCCAGUAUUCCAGAAGCAAAAAUGAAAAUUAUUUUGAGACAUGUGGAUUGUAUUAUCGAUUUUCUGAAUGAUCAUAAAGACUGGUACGGAGAGAAGUACUAUGAAGACCCCCCCAGUACAAACUAAUGACAGGAUUAUACAUAUUAUUGUGUAAAUAUAUUAUAAAAUUUUAAAAGUUAAGACUAUAUCAGUAAGAUUAAAUUGUAGUUCUAGGGAAUAUGAUUAAAUAUAACAUUGUAGUAGGUAGUAUUUUAAUUAAAAUGAGACUGUUAAGCUUAGUUUUUAGUUUUUAAACUAGAAUAAUACAAUAAUAUACAAGACUCA